UCGCGGUUAAUAUAAUUGCUUGUCAAGUUUGGGUGAAGGUCUAGAUUCAGCGCCGAUCGGGGGGUUGCCUGUUUACAUUAUUUUAUCUUGACACUUCUAACUGUACAACUUCAUCCGCCUCAUUUGUGCCCCCCACAUAUACCAACUAACUACUCUACCCCGGUAGGGAGGCAAAAAGUGUACCGUUCUGUUAUCAACAACACGUUCCUCUCCAUGUCGGCCGGGCAAACCUCCAGACGCACCUGCUCCGACUUAAUUAACCGAGAAAGUGCCGAUCAACGGUCUUUCUAGAUGCAUCGUGGUUUGUCUCGGAUUACCGCAGCGUUUCAUACCCCGUCUGAUAUCUCCUAUAAUUUUCCAUGGAUGAUCGGCUAUCUCGAACAAAAAGAAGGCGUAGGAACGUCGGUGCCAACUUGGCACUGACGCUUUCCCUUGUCCUGCUCCUCGUCGGUCCGGUUGUUGCUGCAAUUCCGUACACCCAAUCCCACCUUUUGUACGCAACGCAGCACAAUGGGUCCAUUGCUUACCUGUUACGGCCCAACAGCAACAAUACAACCGAGUUCCUCUCAUUAAACAUCUCAAAGGAUAUUGACGACGCUAAACCCCAAUAUACCACUUUAAUGGACCAUGUGCCGUUUCAGUUUGAUUAUCAGGAAUCUGCCCUGGUCCCAGUCAUCGAUCAACAUGGUACCUUGAAGGUCUUUGCGGGGGAUUGUUACAAUGCUUCGGCGUAUGGUGCGCUAUGGCAAUUUACUCCAGAUGCAGCAAGUUCCAUUGGGAAUGGGACAUGGCAGAGAAUCGAGGUUAACGGGACCGACCAGCCGCAAGUCAACACCCAUGGGCCAAAUUAUCUCGCCGCGGGCUUCGCAUACGCCUCCACCAAUACAACUAACAGCUCCUUCUACACCUUUGGUGGAAUGUGCCCACUCUCAAGUUCCUCGGAGGCAACAUGGAUAGCCGCCGCCAACUACUCUCAGUCCAUGGUAGUCCUGGAGCCCCCAAAAUCGAGUAGUCAAACCUCAUACCGAAUCUCGACGACCGGUGACCGCGCACCCCCAAUUCCUGAGGCCGGGUUUACGAUUACUCCGUUACAGGCGACGCAUAGGUCCACGUCCGGGGGUACAUUGCUACAACAACAAGAUUUUCUAAUGAUUGGAGGCCAAACUCAGAACGCAUUCAUCAAUAUGUCCCAGGUUGCUGUCUUUUCACUGCCACAGAGCAGCUGGAGCUUUGUUACAAUCGGUUCUAUUCAGAGCACGAGUCGAACGGAGCUUGCUAUCCGCCAAUCUCCAGGUAUAGAACCAAGAUCCGGCCAUACAGCUGUCCUAUCCCCAGAUGGAAGCCAGGUGAUUGUCUUUGGCGGCUGGGUCGGGAGCACCGGUGUUCCUGCCAAGCCGCAAUUGGCUAUUCUUGAACUAGGCACAGGUUCCUCUGACUGGGCCUGGAAAAUCCCGCCCAGUACAGACAUUGGAUUGGCGGACGGAACUGGGAUUUAUGGGCAUGGCGCGGCUAUGCUGCCCGGCGGAGUGAUGAUGGUCACAGGCGGCUACCGCAUGUCUCAGUCAACUAAACGAUCUACAGCCAGCCUUCAACUUAAUUCAGAAGUCCUCAUGUACAAUGUUACUUCGGGUAAAUGGGUCUCUUCCUACACAAACCCCUACAAAGGCUCCUACGGACAGAGACCAGGCACCACCUCUUCUCAGCCAGAGGGUGAGCCAAAAUCUUCAGCAUCACGUAAAGCUGGGCUCGGUGCUGGGCUUGGUUUGGGUAUUCCCAUUGUCGGCGGGGCAGCAGUAUUCCUUUGGCUUUUCUUCCGACGACGGCGAGUACGUCGAGCUCGAGACCAGGAGCUCCGCAAGCUGGCCUUGAGUGCAGAACGAUCUCAUUUCUGGGGCGGAGACGAGUCCCAUAUGGCUAGUAGCAUUCGCAGGCCCUCCAUGAGAGAAGCGGGUGCGAAUAGUGAUUAUCCGUGGAGUAAUAACCGGGGCUUCGGACGACCAACUAACUGGCGGGAUAACCCCGAGAUCAUGGCAGAGAGAACUGGCCUCCUAACGGAUAUCCCGAGCCCCACGAAAAGCAGCCGACCACCCUUGAACGCCAGGAUGUACAGACCUCCGGCGCAAAAUAAUGAUUAUAGACGAAGCGAUGGAACGGGGGAUAUACAUCCGAUUGAUGAACGCGAAGAAGACGAGGCACAUGGAUCAGGUGGACAAAUACAGGAACGGGCUGACACUUUUAGAGAGUCAACCUUCCUCACACCUCGGAGCACUAUUGGGGCGGAGCUUUUCCCUGAGGGAGCCGCUGCAUUUGCAGCGAGCAUUGGCCGAGACAAUGACGGACAUUCCUCUGAGCGCGACGACAGAACGUCUUCAAACCUCUCCGACUCAUCAAGGUCGGUAACCUCGGGUCAUCAACCUCGUGGCCUCAUCAGUAGUCAUCCGAGCCAGUCAAGUAGUGGGCGUGAAUCUCCAGAAAAGCCUAGUUCUGCAUCCAACCAGAGCCGGGACACUUGGAGCCGACCUAAUAGCGCCGCGAUUUCACAGGAAAAACGUUACUCAUCAGAUUCAUAUUCCACUGCCCACACAACAAUUUCACAGCGGCAAGCUGAAGGCGAACACCUACUCCGCAACGACCCUGAACCCUCUUCUCCAAUCGACCUUAUACCCAGGCCUCUUUCCAUCUCAAAACCAAGAGCCUCUGAGUGGAUCGGCAACGUCCGACGGGUGCUUUCUGUGACCCGAAAGCGGCCUCAGUCUGCUGAAGACGAUAGCACGGCUUCUGCAGCUUCGGGGAUUGACAGAAGACGUAUCAUGCUUGGACCAGCAAGGCCUUUGUUCGAUUACGAGUCCGAGACGAGGCUUCCACGCCGAUCGGUCAGUGCCUCUGCCGAGCUAUUCAGACGGAAACAAGGCGCCAAAGAUUGGGGAGCAGGCAACCGGGUUCCCCACGAGCUGACAGGCAGGACUAUGCGCGAUGACUUCGGAUUGGACGGGCUACUAGAUCUUGACGAGGACGACUGGGAUGUCGAGGGUGCUGUAGAAAACCGACGUGUCCAGGUCACCUUCACCGUGCCAAAGGAGAAGCUGCGAGUCGUCAAUGCUACACCCAAUGAUAUGGAUGAUAUCAGUGAGAAAUCCAUCAGUCGAAGUAACAGUCGGGCAUGAACUUGAUGCCGUUCAUUUUAAAGCUGUCUAUAUUGACUUCAUGUUAACGCCCAGCGUCCGGAGUGCCGGCCUACGUAUCCUAAAAGGCUCUACGUUCGACCUCCCUUUUUCUUUUCUUUUCCCCAUUCUUUGGCUUCUUGUGAAUCUUCUUGUCUUCAUCCAUGGGCAUGCGCAGUAUGU